AUGGCCAAAACACGCAAAGGAAGCGCUGCGGCGAAGAGUAAACCUCGAGAGGGUUUUCGAAAGGGUAACCACAGUCUGAAUCCCGACCGCAUUAGGAGUCCAUCGGACACUCAUUUGAGGGAUAAGUCAACCAUAAAACGACUUCUUAUGUACAAGAAUUCAAAGCCAAUCAGAGAUUCAAAGGGAAAGAUAGUAAAGGCGGCGCCCUUUCAGUCAACUCUGGCGAGCGGUGCCGUCUCGAGGAUAGCACCCAAUCAGAAGUGGUUCACAAACACCCGAACCGUAACUCAAAACGCUUUGCAGAAGUUUCAGGAAGAGUUGGGCAAAGCUGUCCGCGACCCGUAUCGCGUGGUUAUGAGACAAACAAAACUUCCGAUUACUUUACUUAACGAAAGGGCGAAGUAUUCGAGAGUCCAUAUCCUCGACACCGAAGGCUUUGACAAGACUUUUGGCAAAAAAGCCAACAGAAAGCGACCGAACAUUAAGUUCGAUGAUUUGCAGGCAUUCAUCACUUCGGCCGACAAACGGGCCGACAAUUACGAUGAGACCAAAGACAGUAAUAUUGUGCCCGACAUAUGCGAAGACAGACCAGAAGUGAGAGAUAUAAUCAUGAAAAAGGGGACUUCGAAGAGGAUUUGGAACGAACUCUACAAAGUGAUCGAUUCCAGUGAUGUUGUGGUACAGGUGUUGGACGCCCGCGACCCCAAUGGCACCCGAUCUCCACAUAUUGAACAGUAUAUGCGAAAAGAGAAACCACACAAACAUUUGGUUUUAGUGCUCAAUAAAUGCGAUUUAGUGCCCGUUUGGGUCACUCAGAGAUGGGUCACCACUCUCUCCAAAGAGUACCCGACAAUGGCGUUCAGGGCCUCCAUUACUAAUCCCUUCGGAAAGGGAGCGAUGAUUAAUCUGUUGCGACAAUUCUCUAAACUACACACCGAUAAGAAGCAAAUUAGUGUCGGAUUUAUCGGUUACCCAAAUGUUGGCAAAUCGUCGAUCAUUAACGCAUUGAAAGCUAAAAAGGUGUGUAAAGUGGCGCCCAUUGCCGGCGAGACCAAAGUCUGGCAAUACAUCACUUUAAUGCGAAGAAUAUAUUUGAUUGACUGUCCGGGUGUUGUGUACCCGAGCGGUGACACCGACACAGAGAUUGUGCUCAAAGGUAUUGUUCGCGUAGAGAAUGUGAAAGAGCCGGAAGACCACAUCCCAACUGUUCUCGAAAGAGUGAAAGCAGAAUAUUUGACCAAAACAUAUAAGAUUCCUGAGUGGGAGGAUUGCGACGACUUUCUUAUAAAAAUGGCCGAAAGAAUGGGAAAAUUGCUAAAAGGAGGCGAACCCGACACCAAUACUAUCGCCAAAAUGGUGUUAAACGACUGGCAAAGAGGAAAAUUACCAUUUUUUGUUAAACCCCCCACUAAUGAGUCCUCUUCUGACGACACAAACACUAAUGAAAAGUCCAAAGAAUUAAAGACUAGUGAAACGGAAGUGCAAACUGAUGGCACUCUUCCCAGCGGUGGCCAAACAGAUGGCCCUAAUAUCAGACAAGAUCUCUCUAAAGUUGAGGUCGAAUUAGAGUUCACGGGUGAAGACAUUCAAACUCUGGACAACGAUUGCUCGCAAUUAUAUCAAUCGGACGACGAGGAAGAGGAGGAAGAAGAAGAGUAUGAGUCGGAUAGUGAUGCAGAUAUGGAGGAACAAAAUGAAGAGAUUAACGAAGAUAUUGAACAAAAUAUCAAAGAUAUGCCAAUCAAAUCAAUAGCAAAAUCAACUCAGAAAAAGUCUAAAAAGGGAUUGAAAUCCAAACCAAUUGAAGACAAAAAGAGUAGUGAAGUAAAGAAAUUGAGUUCAAGAGAAAGACGACGAUUGGAAAGAGACGCCAAAACCAAGAAAAUAGGCGUUCAUUACUACGAGACGGCAAAUGUUAAAAAUAAAAACCGCGACAAAAAGCUUGAUAUGCAGAACAGCUCUCGAGGCCAUAACAAGAAACAUAUUAAGCGAUAA